AUGGAGGGACGUGAUUGGAAAAGGACGAAAUAUGGGAAGAAGUUGAAGGUUUCGGCGACGGUGAAGAUGAAGGCGACGGCGGGAGGGAUGGGUUAUGUCGGGAGCGAUGUCGGGAGGGAGAAGAAGGUUAUGGGUUUACGGGUUGUGGGCUUGGGGAUUGGGGCUUUGGGUUUUUUAAUCGGUUGGGUUUUAGAUUUAAUUUUUGGGUGUGGGCUUUUGGGUUUUACUGCUGGCCCAUUCCGAGGAUUCAGAACAUUCAUCUCUUCAGCAGACACCAAGAACCAUUUCCUUGGAUGGAAAAGGCUGCAAGAUAUUGCUCUUGGCAUUGCUAAAGGAAUUGAAUAUCUUCAUCAGGGGUGUGAUCAGAGAAUCCUCCACUUCGAUAUCAAACCACAUAACAUCCUGCUUGAUCAUGACUUCAAUCCCAAAAUCUCCGAUUUUGGAUUGGCUAAGUUCUGUGCUAAGGAUCAGAGUGCAGUGUCCAUGACAACGGCUAGAGGGACCAUUGGCUACAUCGCACCUGAAGUGUUCUCAAGGAACAUUGGGAAUGUUUCCUACAAGUCAGAUGUUUAUAGCUUUGGGAUGUUAGUGUUAGAAAUGGUUGGAGGAAGGAAAAUUGUUGAUGUAGCAGAAGGAAAUGAUAAGCAAAUAUACUUCCCAGAAUGGAUUUACAAUCUUUUAGAAGAAGGAGAAGACCUCAGGUUCGAGAUUGAGGAAGAGGGAGAUACUAAAAUUGCAAAGAAACUUGCAAUUGUGGGACUCUGGUGCAUUCAGUGGAACCCAGCAGAUCGUCCCUCUAUGAAAGUUGCUGUUCAUAUGUUGGAAGGGGAAGGAGAGAAUCUACCAACACCUCCCAAUCCUUUUAGCUCUUCAGUUCCAACAAAAACAAAGGCAAGAAUACCAGGGAGACGACUUCUCCAAGAGUUGGAGGUUAUCUCAGAAGCAGAGUAAAAUCAUAAAUUGAGGUAAUCUUUUUUAGCGUUUGGCUUACUAGUUGUCACUUUCUUAAUCGACCUAUGUGCUGUAACAUGAGGAGAAUUAGUAUGGUACGCAAAACCAUAAAUGCUUACAAUUAUAUCACAUUCUUUGGGAAUUUGAUGCACUUUUGGUAACCAGUCUACCAGCUGAGCUCAUAGAUUGAACUGCUGCUAAUGCAUACGUUUCAGUGGUAAUGCACUGCAUGCAUAUGAAUUUGGCAUGUAAUGUCAAAUACCAUCAACUGGGGGCAAUUAGACUCA